CGCUUACACUUACCAGUUACCGCUCACUCACGAUCGGCCCGUUCUAGCUUCUCUGACUAAACAGCGAAUUCUCGUAGUCGAUCGCGGCUUGACGCCAUAUUGUUGUGUUAUUCACUCGUCGAGCACUUCGCAUGAAAACGGUCAGUACUAUUUUAUACGUUGAGAUCAAUGAAUAUGAAAGUUAUAGUGUGUUUUACGAUUCGUUGUAGUAUCGAUGUGCGUACCAAAUGUGUCGUUCCCGUUUAAACGGACUUGUAUAAUGGCUUGCGACCGAUGGAGGGUAAUCGCUUCGAUCUUGAAACUUAUGCGUUGAAAUGCGAUGUUGGAUUGAUUAUUUUGUCACAACUGAUAAUUCAAAACUAAAUGGAUAAUCUAAACGCAAUUAACAAUUGUUCAGAGUUUAAAAUCAUUUAUGGCCACUGCUUCCCAACUGGGAGCUGGGACCAUUGAUUGUCACAAACAUAACAAAUACGAUGGAAAUGGCCAUCAGGUGACAUCUGGUAUUAAAUUUAUACCAAACAAUUGUGAUAAUCUAAUUGGUGUAAAUGGCUCCUCACAUGAUGUUGAGAACACCACCUAUACUUCUGACAAUGACGAUUCUGCAGAUAGUAAAAAUCGACUUUCGAGGAAGCGAAAGUACUCUGCAGAAUCUGCCAAAGAGUUUGAAGCGUUGGAAAUGUGCACAGCAGCUAAAAUUAAACGUACUUGUGAAAUGGUAUUUGAACAAUUGGAAACGGUACGUUCAAAGCUUGCUCAAUCCCAACGAGAAUUGGACGAAGUACAGUCGUUGCCGAAAGUUCUUGACUUUCUACCUGAGAAAGUUGAACAAGUGUUCAAUGAUCAACACCCUUGGUCUGAAUCCAAUAUUAAAUGUAGCAAUGAUCCUUUAUUUACUGGUGAUCCCUUUGCUGAGCUUAAAUUGUGGUUGGACAAACAGUCUAUCGAAUCACAGGAAACAUCUCUUCCAAUUUCGACUAAUAAACCUAUUAAAUUAAUUACAUCUAAUUCGUCCAUUGAUGAUCUUCCUAAUUUCCUUGCACUGAGGCAGUCAAAUGAAAAUCAACCAGAUCAAGUUAUUGAACGAGUGAAAUGGGAAGCACAAGUUCUUCAAAGAAUAAAUCAACUACAGCGUGAUGGCUUAUGGAGUGAUAGGAGACUACCUAAAAUAUAUGAACCUCCUAGGUUAAAAGCACACCAUGAUUAUCUUCUUGAAGAAAUGCAAUGGCUUGCCACUGACUUUGCCCAAGAAAGAAAAUGGAAGAAAAAAGCUGCUAAACAGUGUGCAAAUAUGGUUAAAAAAUAUUUCCAUGAAAAGAAGACUGAAGCUCAGAAAGCAGCUAAAGCUUCUGAAAUGCAUCAAAAAAGAAUAACUGGUUUUAUAGCUAAAAUGGUCAAAACAUUUUGGAGUAAUGUGGAAAAGUUGGUAGAAUUUAAACAGUCAACUAAACUGGAAGAAAAAAGAAAAAUUGCACUAGACGAACAUUUAAAUUUUAUUGUUGAUCAAACUGAAAAGAUGUCAACCCUUGUAGCUGAAAGUUUAAUGAAAUCUGCCAACAAUUCCAUGAUUACCACUUCUCAUAAUUCGUCUUUACCUGACGAGUAUAUUAAUCCUAGUCACACUUCUUCUGAUGAUGAAGAAACUAUCGAAAAUGAUGAAAAACAAAAUAGCAAUGAAUUAGAACGUAAAAAUGAAGUCGAUAUGCUUAAAAAAGAAUCAAAACUCUCUAUUGAUGAUGUUCUGGAUCAAUUGCCAAAAGGUUACUUAGAAACUCGUGCCAAAGAACUUGAAAAUAAAAAAACUUCUUAUGAUAAAAGUGAAGAUGAAGAUUUUGAAGCUUCUAACUCUAGUUGGAGUGAUGAUGAAGAAACUUUGCUUAUUGCUGAAAAAGAGGAGGGUGGCAUUGAUCAUUCCAAGGAAAUAGCUGAAUUAGAGGCUGAAAAUGAAAUGAGCAUAGAACAGAUAUUAGCUAUGUAUAAUGUACAGUUACCAAAUAACAAAAAUGACAAUAAUGAUGAUGAUGAAGAUGACGAAGAAGAUAGUAGUAUUGAUUCCAGUUCAACCAAAGAAGAAAUUACUACAGAGGAUGUUGGGCUGAAAUAUUUAUUACGUAAAUCUCCUUCUAAAAUGCCUAAUGGUACCAAUGAAUGCAAUGCUGAUAAAGAAAUCAAUGAUGUAACGGCUUUGGCUGAAAGUAUUCAACCUAAAGGAAAUACUUUAUCUUCAACAAGUGUGGUGACUAAAGUUCCAUUUUUGUUAAGAAAUACUUUACGAGAAUAUCAACAUAUUGGUCUAGAUUGGCUUGUUACAAUGUAUGAACAAAAUUUAAAUGGAAUAUUAGCUGACGAAAUGGGUCUAGGAAAAACUAUACAAACUAUUGCGCUACUUGCUCAUUUGGCUUGUGAAAAAGAAGAUUGGGGUCCUCAUUUAAUUGUUGUUCCAACUUCUGUAAUGCUUAAUUGGGAGAUGGAAAUUAAGAAGUGGUGUCCCAGUUUUAAAAUUCUAACUUACUAUGGUUCUGUUAAAGAAAGGAAAUUAAAAAGAAUAGGUUGGACAAAACCUAAUGCAUUCCAUAUAUGUAUUACUUCUUACAAAUUGGUCAUAACAGACCAUCAAAGUUUUCGAAGAAAAAAAUGGAAAUAUUUAAUUUUAGAUGAAGCUCAAAAUAUUAAAAAUUUUAAAUCUCAAAGAUGGCAACUUCUUUUAAAUUUUCAAUCUGAAAGAAGGUUGCUUUUAACUGGGACACCUUUACAAAACAACCUUAUGGAACUAUGGUCUUUAAUGCAUUUUUUGAUGCCAAAUAUUUUUGCAUCUCAUCGAGAGUUUAAGGAAUGGUUUUCUAAUCCAGUUACUGGAAUGAUUGAAGGAAAUGCUGAAUAUAAUGAAACUAUUAUCAAGAAACUUCAUAAAGUUCUUAGACCAUUCAUUCUUAGAAGGCUAAAGUGUGAAGUUGAAAAACAGCUUCCUAAAAAAUAUGAACAUGUUAUUAUGUGUAGGCUUUCUAAAAGACAGCGAUAUCUCUAUGAUGAUUUCAUGUCUCGAGCCAAGACUAAAGAAACUCUUGCUACUGGAAACAUGCUAAGUGUUAUAAAUGUUUUGAUGCAAUUAAGAAAAGUAUGUAACCAUCCUAAUUUAUUUGAACCUCGUCCUACCAUAUCCCCUUUUCAAAUGGAAGCUAUAGCAUAUUCUAUUCCUCGUUCAAUUUUUAAUAUUUUGGAGUACAACCCGUUUAAUGAAAUUGAUUUAAAUUCUGUUAAUUUACUUUUUACUCAUUUGGAACUAAUUAUGAGUGCAUGGAUGGCUCAUCGUCUGAAACGUUACCAGUUACCAAACACUGUAUUUGAUCAAGUUGAUUCUCUGCCUGAUAGCACAGCUAAACUUCCAAAAAUUAAGAUGAAUUUUAACAUGAAGUUACCAAAAAACCUUAAUAUAAUUUCUAAGAUUAAUGUUUCUAAUCCUCAAAACAAGCUUGUAAAUGUACGAUUAAAACAUACUAUGCCUAUAAUCAAGCUUUUAGUUGAACGAGGAGUCAAAGACUUGAAAUUAAAAUCUGUUGGAAAUAACAAAUUCAGAACUCCUGGGUUUACAAAUAUUAUGUCAUUAGCUCCAAAAAUUCAACAGAUAAAAGAAAAUAUUACUCUGAAAAAGGAUAAUGAUUCAUUAUUUUGUAUAUCUAAAAAUCGAACAAAAGUAUUAAACCAAACAUUGAAUCAAAAUGAAAACUCAUUAAGUUUAAAUGGUAAAUCAAAUGGUAAUUUAAUAUUAAAAGAAUCUGUGAUUGAAAGUAAAAAUAUUGGCACUGCUAAUUCACCAACUAUAAAAAAAGUAACCAACUCAUCUUCAUCAAACCUUAAAUAUUCAUUAUUGAAUAUAUCUGACAAUACAGUUUUCAAUAUUCCAAGUUUGAAAGAAAAUCGACUUUUAAGAAGACAAUCAAAAAUGAGAACUAUAAAUUUUAUAAAUAAUAAAAGAAUUGAUGGGGCUACUAAUGUUAUAUAUGGCUGUGAUCUGCGAGAUUUUAUUCGCUUAAAUCCUUCUUCUGGACAUGUUGGAAACUCAAAUUCUAUCGAUAGAAAUCCUUGGCUAUGGUUAGGAUCCAAUAAUGUUUUAUCUGUUGGUCAUCAGUAUUCUGCGCAUAUUCAACGAAUGUCAUAUAUGACUGCUGUUGCAUUAUCAGAGUCUGUCAAAACUGUAAACAGAAGAAUGAAAGAUUUACAAGAUUCAUUUGAUCAAUUUAUUGUUUAUGUACCAGCUGUUCAAGGAAGAACACCAAAGAUUCAAUUUAGUGUUAUGAAAGAUGAACCUCUGCUAGAAUAUCAUCUUAAACCUUUUCUAAAUUCACUACAUCCAAUCAUUUCAGCUAUGAGUGUUCUAUUUCCAGACCAAAGACUCAUACAAUAUGAUUGUGGUAAAUUACAAUCUUUAGAUCAUUUACUCAGAAGAUUGAAAGCAGGUCAUCAUAGAGCUUUAAUUUUUACUCAAAUGACUAAGAUGUUAGAUGUUUUGGAAGCAUUUCUUAAUUACCAUGGAUAUAUUUAUUUGAGGCUUGAUGGUACAACAAAAGUAGAAACAAGACAAUUGUUAAUGGAAAGAUUCAAUGCAGAUAAGAGGUAUUUUUGUUUUAUUUUAUCUACAAGAUCUGGUGGUGUUGGUAUUAAUCUAACUGGAGCAGAUACUGUUAUAUUUUAUGAUAGUGAUUGGAAUCCUACUAUGGAUGCUCAAGCUCAAGACCGUUGUCAUCGUAUAGGACAAACCCGUGAUGUCCAUAUUUAUAGAUUGAUAAGUGAAAAAACAAUAGAAGAAAAUAUACUUAAAAAAGCUAAUCAAAAGCGACUUCUAGGUGAUUUAGCCAUCGAAGGUGGUAAUUUUACAGCUUCUUUCUUCAAAUCUACUACUAUACAAGAACUAUUUGAAGUUAACACUACUGAUGAGAAAAGAAGUGCCCAUAUUCUGGAAUCUGAAUUUUCACAAUCUCAAAGUAACAUUGAAGGAGAUAGACAUGCAAUUAAUAUUUUUGAAAAUGCUCUUGCAGCAGCUGAAGAUGAAACUGACGUUGUAGCUGCUAAAAUUGCUAAAGAAGAAGCUGUUGCAGAUUUGGCUGAAUUUGAUGAAGCCAUCCCAAUUGAUGAUCAAAAUGAUACUAAAUUAAGCAAAGCUGAUUUAGAAGUUCAAGCUCUUGAAAAACAAUUAUCACCACUAGAAAAAUGGGCAAUGUCAUUUAUAGAAUCCUCAGAAAUGGAUUGGGCUUCCCAACAAAUGGCAGCUGCUGAGGCUGAGUUAGAGCAGCAAAAACAAGAAUGGAAAGUUGAACAACAACAAGCGGCAAAACGUACAGAAGAAAGGAUCAAUCAAAAGCGCAAACAUCCUGAAUCUGAUGGCGAAGAAGAAAAAGAUAAUGAGGAUUUAACUUUCAUCAAUAAGUUUCAGAUAAUUUAUCCUAAUCAUGGUUCAAAAAAAUCAGAUGUUCCUAAGCAAUUAAUUAUUGGACCGUGGUCAUUUGAAAAUGAGUUUUAUCAUGACCCUUUAUACUUCAAUCAAUACUGCUAUUCCCCUAUGACUGAAGCUCAACUUCCUCCUUUACCUUCAUCUCGAAAGCGACCAAGAACUGAUGCCACUUUUAUAAGCAAUCGUUCAUGUUUACCUGCAUCAUUGUCAUCAAAUCCUAAAUCAAUUUAUGGUACUCGUGAUAAUAAUGCUGGUGAAUGGUUACCGAAUGAAAAUACUUUUCCACACUUACCCCGUUCUAUGUUUGAUCGUGCUUCUGGCGCAUUACUUAAAAUGAGAAAUGAUAUUCGCUUACAACGCUAUCGUGGAAUUAACAGACCUAUGAAUAUGACUCUUGCAAGUCUUAAACCACCUUUACCAGCACGGCCGGUUCAAGAACCAGCUCAUGUUCCAGAUUGGCUUAUACAUGAAGAUUAUGCUUUAUUACAGGCCGUACAAAGAGUACAAGAAAUGACUCUAAAUUUAGUUAUAUUAUGUCCAGCCCAUACACCUAAUUGGGAUUUGGUUUCUGAACUAGUUAAUAUGAUGUCUCGUGUCUACAGGUCCCCCAAACAGUGUAAAAACCGUUAUGAAUCAGUUAUAGUAGCUCGAGAAGAAGGUCGAAUGUUGCAAGAGCAAUUGUUAAAAAAGCAAAAAAAAAAAAUCAAUCGAGGCUUGCGCACUUCUCAAAUCUACACAUCAGAUGAUAACAGAACACAUACUCAGCUACUUAUAUCACGUUUUAAUGGUUUAUUAUCUGUGGCUGCUAAACGACAACCUCUUUGUAGAACAAAUAAUCAAUCAACAUCAAGUCAAUUAGCUAAUACACCAUUAAUUCCUAAUGCUAGUCAUAUUAAUAUUCUCAAGGAAAAUUAUGAUGUGGAUUACAAUGUGCCAUUAGGACCAAUGCAAGUUAUAAGUCGCCGAACAGAUCGUAUGAUUCGAGAAAAACAACAGCAACAACUUGCAGAUCCCUCAUCUUCUGUUAGAAUUCAACAGCAACAAGCCCCAACUGUUAAAUCUAUACAGCUACCCAAUUCUUUGCCCACAACACAACCUGCUGUUGUUAGUCCGGUAUCGGUAAGACCUUCAACUUCUACUCAACAUCGUAUAAUUAUGAGCUCUCCUUCAAUUGUUCAAGAUUCUAAUAUUCAAAAUAUUCCUCAGUCAAGCCCAAAAGUAGUUCCUAUGUCUGUCCAUUACUCUGCUGCUGUUCAACGAGCAUUAAAUUUUACCCAAGCUUCAAUAGUUACUCAGGCAUCAUCAACUACUGGAAAAAUUGUUACCACUAUGAACAAAACUAUAACUCAAUCUCAAAUUCAAAUGUAUCGUCAACAACAACAAAAUAUUGCAAGACAGCAACAAGUUAAAAUGGUCAGUGCACGAGCUACUAACAAAACUUCUAGUACUAAUAUUCCAGUUCAAUCUUCUCAAACUUCAACUAAUAUGAAUGUUCGACCUAAAAGUGCAAUAAAUACACGGAAUAUUACUGAUACUGAUGUAACCAACUUUAUUAAAAGACAUCAAUUAUUACAACAGAAACAAGCUCAGUGUGGUACAACUCAGUCUACAAUAUCAUCUGCCAGCCCGUCGAUAGUUAAAACAUCUGUACAAAAUCUUAUGCUUUCCACUGGUACUAAAAAUGCGUUAACUGUAGCUGCUACCACAAAAAAUAUUAAUCCUCAACAGCAAUUCAGACAACUUACUUUACAACAGCCAAUGUUGGCACACCGUAAAAUACCUGCUCAAAAAGUUACUCAGCUGAGUCAAGUUGUGGUGGCUGGUAAAACUGGAGUUCCUACUCAGUUAAUAGUACAGUCAAAAGGUGUUCCAAGUACUAUGACAAUGCAACAAUUGCAAACCAUGAUGAAACAACAAAAUAUCCAAAAUGUUAGUGUAUCUGGAGCAAAUAUAACUGCAAUGCAAUCCAAUUCUAACAGUAGUCAAGUGAUAUCUCAUGUAAUUGCAAAAAAUCAAGGCCAAACAUCUAGUUUAGGACUUACUAGAGUUUUACCAGUGGUGACUACACAAACUUCAUUAAAACAAACUAUUCAGGUUGUUAAUCCAGUGCAAACUUUACGAACAACAUCGGGUGUUGGUAUUGAAAGUACACGUACAACAUUACAACCAUGUUCUUUAAGUAAUGUCUUUAAGACAACUGGAUCAACUGGCCAUUCUCCCAACAUACUUUCUCAGGUUGUAUUUCAACAAGGUCAACAAAUGUCAGUACGUCAAGGUCAACUUCGUGUUCAAAAUUCAUCAGGACAAGGUGGUUCUAUUGUUGCAGUUUCAAUGGCUCCACAACAACAACAACCAACUGUUUUAACUAUACCUUCUUCGCCAAGUCCACAUACACCUCGCACAACUUAAUAUGUGGAGAUAGAUAAUAUAAAAAAAAAAAAGUAAACAGACGAAAUAUCUGAUUUACUAACAUUUUAAAUUACCUUUUGUUUUAUUUUACUAUUAUUAA